AUGACGACGCCGAUCCCACCGUCGACCUCGUUCACGGCGCACGGUCUCAAGCGCAAGGCCCCCAGCCGACCGAUCAAGCCGAACCCGAGUGCCGCCAGGCGCGCGGAAGCCGACAGCACCAACAAGCGCCGCCGCAUCACCGAAUCCGCACUCCGCGCCAGCGUGCUCGAGUACGUGCGUCUGGAUGACAGGAUCCGCGACGUCACCGCCGAGCUGAAGGGCGACAAGAAGCGACGCGAGCAGCUGCGGGUCGGCAUCAUGGACGCCCUCAAGGCCUCCGGCAAGCCGGCGUGCAAGACCGACGACAAGGGCGGGCGGAUGCAGCACCUGCGCAUCAAGACGCGCAAGGCCCGCGUCAAGCCCAAGCGGGCCGAGGCCAUCGCGCGCAUGGAGGCCUGGACGCUGGCGCGCGGCCUGCCGCCGGCGACCGGAGAGGAGCUUUACAAGGCCGUCUACGAGAGCCCCGACGCCAUGGUGGAGAAGACCUCGCUGUGUCGCAUCAAGCCACGCAAACCGCGACCGUCCAAGACCGCCGACAAGGUGCUCAUGCUGGGCGGACCGCCUUCCGACGAUGAGGACGAAGACAGCAGCAGCGGCAGCGGCAGCAGCUGCACCGACGAUUCGGAUGACAGCAGCAGCAGCAGCGACGACACCACCGCCACCAAAAAAUUGAGUAAGUAA